UUAUUAUGUUUUCAUUUCAGCCAGCACUCGAAGGGAGGCAAAACCGGUAUGAAAACAGAGGAAAACCAGUCAUGUCUCCAACAGGCUCCAUCUUCCACUCCUUUUGAUGUGGGUGGAGGUGAGGUGUGUGCAGGUUGCGAGUCGCCCAUCGCAGACAGAUUCCUCCUGCGUGUGAAUGAACAGUCCUGGCAUGAGACGUGUGUGAAGUGUGCAGUGUGUUUGAGCACUCUCAGUGGGACAUGCUACUGUCGUGACCGUCUGCUCUACUGCAAACACGACUAUGAGAAGCUCUUUGUUAGGAAGUGCAGUGCAUGCCUCCAGGUGAUUGGGCGUUCAGAGCUGAUCAUGCGGGUGCUGGGUCAGGUGUACCAUCUGGGCUGCUUUAGCUGUUGCGAGUGUGAGCGCCGACUCCAGCGAGGUGAUGAGUUUGUGCUCAAGGAAGGCCAGCUGCUCUGCCGUGGAGAUUAUGAGAAGGAACGAGAGAUGCUCGCUGCCAUCAGCCCAGCUCCCACUGAGUCAGUAAAAAGUGAGGAUGAGGAGGGUGGCAGUAGCUCAGUUGGCGGAAAGGCUGGUGAUGACAGUAAAGAACAUAAGAGAUCAAAGCGGCCGCGCACCAUCUUGACCACGCAGCAACGGCGCGCCUUCAAGGCCUCGUUCGAGGUGUCGUCCAAACCCUGCCGCAAGGUGAGAGAGACGCUGGCAGCUGAGACAGGGUUGACGGUACGAGUCGUGCAGGUCUGGUUCCAAAACCAGAGAGCAAAGAUGAAGAAGAUUGCUCGCAGGCAGCAGCAACAGCAGCAGCAGCAACAAGAGCAGGAGCAGAUCGGUGGGAGCCGGAGGGGCCCGAGCAGAGGAGGCCGACUGAGUAAUGAUGACAGUGAAGACGGUUCCAGCAGUCAUGGAUUAGACGGCAUGCUCACUUACUCUUCAAUGCCCAGACAGCAGCUUUUGGCACUUGACCCAAACUUAUAUGGGGGUGAACAAUUCCGGCAUGGCCUCACACCUCCUCAGUUAGGUCCUGAGCAGAUGCACACUUACGAGUCAGAAACAGUUUUCCAUGACUUGGACAGCGAUGGAAGUCUGGGUCAUCUCGGCGAUUGUCUCCUGACGACGGCAGAGGGAGGGGUGUUGGCAGGGCGCGUGGGAAAUCCGAUUGAUCGUCUUUAUUCGAUGCAAAACUCCUACUUCACCUCGUGACCCCUCUUCACCUCCGACCCCAGACUAAUUCCACUUCAGCCCUCAAGAGAAGCAGCAAACAAACAGAUAAAGUCCUGCUCUAAACCAGACGUUUGCCCACCCAGCCGGAGAAUCUCACAUCCAACAAUCACACUUAAGCUGUGCCAAUCAUGAACCAGAUGGAGUAAAUUAAUCUAUUGAUGUAGAGAGUGAGGAGAAAAUUAUACAGUCAAUUAUACAGGUAGAUUAGGAACAUGACAAUUGUACCCUCAUGCUUAACCAAUGUUGAAAUGAUUGUGUAUGAUGGUAGCAUGCACAUACAUCUUAACAUUUUAAAGUCAUAGGCACAUUUUGAAUAGGAAUAGGCAGCUGAUUACUGACUUAUUACCUCACUGUCUGUCCAUUUUACUGACGAAAACAGCUCAAAAUAAAAGGUUUAGCAAUUAUGAAGCGGCCAGGGAGACAGCCAGAGCAUAAGUCAUUUAAAAAUAUGUAUUUUCUAACCAAACUUAGAUAUGAAGAUGGAAAAAAAUGAAUAAUUACUGUAUAAACUAUUAAACUAAAAUAAAUGGUGCCUAGGAUUUCGUUCAUUAUAAAUUCAUUAAAAUACAUUUAAUCCUGUUAUGGCCAACAAAUGAAACUGUGCUUAAGAAUCUCUAGAAUUUUUAGAAAUCCAUUUUUAGAUAUUCAUAGCUCAGUGUCUUCCCUACUAAUGCCUUACUUAAUUACAAGCUAAUGACCUGGCACUUCAAGAAAAAACACCAGUAAAUAAAAAGGCUAAACUGUGGUUUUCCUCCUCUGCAGCUGUGCACCACUGACUUAGGGAGUCUUGGUAGACAUCAGAGAGCAAAGUAAAAAGGCAUACCAGAGUGAUUAAGACAAGGCAAACACAAAUCCACCCGAUGAUACAGGUCAGGGGGACGUCCACCAUAAGGUGGCCUUGUGUAGGGUUAAAUGAUUAAAGGAAUACUCCAGAGUUUUUAAGUCUAAUCUCUGUAUACCGCAUCUGUAGUGAAUGGCUGAUUACCACAAAGAAUAAUUCAGACUAAUUAUUUUGUAAGAGGGAAAACGGACGCACGUAGACUUUAAUUAUAGGUGCGUUUUGA